UGAAGGGGCGAGAGUUCACAAAGUGAAAGAGGCCCACCAAUGUCUUGAAUCUGGAGAACAUGACGAUUUCAAACAGGAUAUUGAGUAUAUUCUUAGUACAAUGAAAGGAGAUUCUUCAGCUAACAUCAAGUGUUUAAGUGCUAUAUCACUAGCUCGAAAGUGUGUGUCACCCGAGUUUCGACAGUUUAUACGCAGUGAAGGCCUGGUUUCCAAUGUAUUCAAAGGUCUAGCAGAAGCUGCUAAUGACCAGGUGACUUGA